GCCAUUGUCAAUCUUCAUUCACAAAUGUCAAGUCGAAGCCGAACAUUGAUCUGUUGGAUUUAGUGGACCUUGAGAUUCCACGUUAGCCAAGUUCCAAAUGUACAAGGAUUAACCUGGACAAUAGCGACAGUGUAAAAUACCAAGCUAUGAUUAAACUCAGGUUUCAAUUCCCCACAAUACUACCAAUAAAUAGAUCAAAGAGACACCGAUUCUUGCCCUGUGAAAAUUUCUAGAAACAAAUAUGUCAGAGAGAUCGCUGGGUAGCUCAAGCGAGCACAUCGUAAUGCUUCCUAUGAUGGCUCAGGGCCAUCUUAUACCAUUUCUAGCGUUGGCAAGAAAAAUUCACCAGCGAACCGGCUUCAACAUCACCAUUGCUAGUACCCCUCUCAAUAUCCAAUAUCUUCGAUCCACCAUUUACAAAGAUUCAACCCCCGCAACCGAGUGCUGUGGGAUCCAUCUUGCCGAGCUCAUCCCGUUUGGCAGCGUUGUCGAUCAAAGCAAGCUGCCGAUCCCUGAUCGGAACGCUGAGAAUUUGCCAUUGGAUCAAAUGGAAGAGCUUUUCAGCUUAAUGAUCACCCUUCAAGCCCCAUUUCACCGCUUGUUAUCGGAUAUCAAAGAGAAAGAAGGCAGGCCUCCUCUUUGUACAAUAUCGGAUAUUUUCAUGGGAUGGGCUGUAGAGGUUGCCAAGAGUGUAGGCACGAUAAACAUUACAUUUACUACUACCGGAGCGUAUGGCGGUUUGGCUUAUUUCUCUUUGUGGUUGAAUCUUCCACACCUGCGAGCAGAUUCUGAAGAAUUUACUAUUCCGGGGUUACCUGAUAGGUGCCGUUUUCAUAUCUCACAAUUCCAUAAAUUUGUUAGAAUGGCUGACGGUUCUGAUCCAUGGUCCAGGUUUUUACAGCCACAGAUUUCACAGACUUUUCAGUCUUUUGGGUACUUGUGUCACACUGCUGAAGAAGUUGAGCCUCUCGCACUAGAAUGGCUCAGAAAUUACAUAAAACUUCCUAUUUGGGCAAUUGGUCCUCUGUUGCCUCCAGUAAUGCUGAACAAGUCACCAUAUUCAGGUUCUAGUAUGUCCAAACAUCGUGCUGGAAAACAACCUGGAAUAUCCCUUGAAAGAUGUAUCGAGUGGCUUGAUUUGCAUUGUCCUGAUUCGGUUCUGUAUGUAUCUUUUGGUUCACAAAACACUAUUAGUCCUUCACAAAUGAUGGAAUUAGCUAAGGGCUUGGAAGAGAGCAGGAAUCCAUUCAUUUGGGUCAUAAGGCCUCCAUUCGGUUUUGACAUGAAAGGUGAAUUUAAAGCAGAAUGGUUGCCAGAGGGAUUUGAAGAACGUAUGAGCGAAAGCAAACAAGGGUUGCUGGUGAGAAAAUGGGCUCCUCAAGUGGAGAUUUUGUUACAUAAAUCUACUGGAGCAUUUCUCAGCCAUUGUGGGUGGAACUCAGUGCUUGAGAGCUUGAGCCAAGAAGUGCCAAUUAUAGGAUGGCCAUUGGCAGGAGAGCAACCUUUCAAUUCUAAGAUGUUGGUUGAAGAAAUGGGUGUCUCCGUGGAGUUGACAAGAGGGCAUGAUAGCACGAUUGAAGCGAAGGAGGCGAAAAAAGUGAUAGAAAUGGUAAUGAACAAGAAAGGAAAAGGUGGGGAGAUGAGAAAGAAGGCUGUAGAGAUUGCUGAGAAAAUAAGAGCAGCGGUUACAGAGGAAGGAGAACGAAAGGGAUCUUCCAUUACAGCAUUGGAUGAUUUCAUUUCCGCCGUUCUCACAAAGAGAUUCACUAGUAGUUUAGCAGCAAAUCAUUCGCAAGGAACCUCACUGAUUCUCUGCCACUAGGUUUGUUUUCUGUACUUUUUGAUCAAAAACAUAAACUGCCAUGACCAGCUUAAUUGUUGGUUAAACCCAUAAUAGUUGAUCAUUGUCGAAUAGUAUGCUUGUGGUAAAUACUAAUGAAUUUACUAUUUAUUGCUUCUAUGUUAUUGGUGAGUAAUCAGAUUGUUCCUCUUCUAUAUAAAAUAAUAUCACCCCUUUUAGGUAUAGUUAUGAUAAGGGAUAUAUAGAAGUAAAUUUAGAGAUGAAAAGAGAUUGGUUGAGUUGGUCCAAGCUGCUGGAUUAGACCCAUUAAAACCCAAGAUGUGUCCAAGGGCAGUUGGCCUACUCGGCUUCACCUUCGCCUGGGCAAAACCCAUUAAAGCAAGACAUACACCAAGGAAAGGUUACGGGAGGAAGAGGAACCCUUAAUUGAUCUUAUAUGUGAGCACCCUAACUAAAUUAUUAACUAUAUCACAGAAACAUAUUAUUUAGUUAAUAACCAAAGAAUCCUUGUCUCUAAUCUUUAAUCUUUAAGGUUAAACCCAAACCAACAUAUAUGUAUUUCACAGUGCAGUUACGUAAGUAAGAGGCUUUCUACUUAUACUAAU